AUGGAUAUAUUAAAGCAGGGAAUCCUGCUGGAGACGAGUUUGGAAGACGACUUCACCGUACUAGUAACCACUCUUGAAAGGUAUGGUAUCACGACUGUAGACUUGUUAACGGCCUCGCUAUUGGACGAUGGAAUUUCACGCCUAGCUAGAAAAAUUGGAAGAUCCCCGAACGAAGUCUCUGAGUUCACGAAUCGCUUGAAAUCGGAAACAACGAGAGGUAUCAUUGAGACCCCUGUUCUUGAGCCUGAAACCACAACACUGCAUGUAAGCACUGGUAUAGAAUCAUUGGAUCAGCGAUUGAAUGGGGGCGCCAAGGUUGGAGACAUCACAGAAAUAUUCGGGGCAAGUGGGACAGGGAAGUCCCAAUUGCUAUUACAAAUGUCGAUUAACAGCGUGAAACUUCAUGAAAGUUCGAAAAGCGUCUAUAUAUCUACCGAGUCGGUGAUUGCAACAAGUAGGCUUGAAGAAAUGGCUGGGAGGAAUGCAGCACCGCAUAUUAUGGAAAACAUUAUGAGUGUUUAUUGUUCCGAUCUUGAACACCAAGAUCAUAUUCUUUACACACAACUCCCAGCACUUCUAGACCUUGAAAAGAAUGUUCACCUAGUGGUAAUCGAUAGUAUAUCUCAUCAUUUACGCCGAGAUGACCAUAUAUCAAUCACAUCUUAUCUCGAAACUCGAAUACGAGAACAAGAAGCGAAACUAUCUGAACUAGGCUACGGCGCAGAUUUAAAAAGGAAACACGACAACCAGCUAGGUCGAUUUUUCAGAUUCAGCCCUCGUUAUAAGACUUCUUUAUUGCGUGCUACCUAUAUCUCAUUGUUACACCAUCAUUUGUUACAAGUUGCUCAAAAGUACUCAAUUGCGAUUGUAAUUGCAAAUCAAGUGAGCGAUCAACCAGACUUUAUCCCACAAAUGGACUUUACGGCCGACAAAAGCUGCUUAGAUUUGGACCACCAAGUAGGAAUUCUUGCGGGGUGGGACAACAAUGUGGUUCUCAAUUAUCAGGUUGAUGAAGUGCCAAGUGAUCAGACCACCGACUAUAGCGUCACCAAACAUGGGUAUUCUAGUAAUAAGAGGCAGAAAGUUGAUGGUGGACUAUUUUCAUCACCUCAUGUUCAGAAACCUAUUACAACCAGACAUACCGAGCCGCAGGUCAGGACCAAGCGGCAAGUACCUGCAUUGGGUUAUCAGUGGAUUAAAAGCAUUCAAGUUCGGAUACUAUUAAUGAAGUCGUAUAAGGAGGCAAAGGUCAUCACUAGUGAAAUGGAUAGCAGCGAAAGUGUUAAUAGAGGUGAGAUACACGUUGCGGGAACUGAUAUGAAGGAUACACGUGAUGAUUAUAUGUUCCUUGAAAGCGCAAAAACUCUGCUGGGUUCAUCUAACAAGAGUUGGAUGGUCGAAAGAUUUGCCAAAAUAGUAUCGAACGAUUGUUUCUCCACAGCAAACGCCAACGACGAGCGGGAGAAAAUAGAGAUUGAAUUGGAUCUGGCAGGACUCCACGAAGUUCGCAGAUAA